GGUAGCGAUUAAAAUGGGGAUGAAGCAGCAGGAAGAGUAUGAUGGCGAUGGUGCUGCUGCUGUUUCUUCCACACAGAAAAUGGUGUUUGCUUACUAUGUCACUGGUCAUGGAUUUGGCCACGCAACUCGUGUUGCGGAGGUGGUGAGGCAUCUAAUCCUUGCUGGUCAUGAUGUUCAUGUGGUCACUGCUGCUCCUGAAUUUGUUUUCACCAACGAAGUGCAUUCUCCUCGCUUAUUCUUUCGCAAGUUGGUUUUGGAGUGUGGAGCUGUUCAAUCAGAUGCUUUGACAGUCGAUCCCCUUGCCACUUUGGAGAGGUAUACUGAGGAAACAGUGAAGCCCCGUGCUGGUAUCUUGGUAAAAGAAGCAGAGUGGCUGAAAUUCAUCAAUGCUGACUUAGUGGUAUCUGAUGUUGUCUCCACUGUAUGUCGUGUAGCAGCCGAUGUUGGUAUACCCUCUGUUUGUGUGGCCAAUUUCAGUUGGGACAUCAUCUAUCUGGAUUAUGUCAUGGCUGCUGGACCUGAUUCUCGUUCGAUAGUUUUGCAGAUAGCUGAAGACUAUUCUAAUUGCAAUUUCCUUAUCCGCCUUCCAGGAUAUUGCCCAAUGCCCGCUUUUCGCAAUGUUAUUGAUGUGCCUCUUGUUGUGAGGAGGCUGUAUAAAUCCACAGAAGAGGUGAGGGAAGAACUAGGGAUAGCAGACAAUGUGAAACUAGUCAUUCUCAACUUUGGUGGCCAGCCAUCAGAAUUGAAACUGAAGGAGGAGUUUUUGCCUUCUGGUUGGUUGUGCCUGGUUUGUGGUGCUUCUGACACUCAAGACCUUCCUGCAAACUUCAAAAAACUUCCCAAAAAUGUUUAUACACCUGAUAUUAUUGCAGCAUCUGACUGCAUGAUCGGAAAACUUGGAUAUGGCAGUGUGAGUGAAGCCCUGGCAUACAAGUGUCCUUUUGUCUUUGUACAUAGAGAAUAUUUCAAUGAAGAACCUUUUCUAAGAAAAAUGCUUGAACAUUAUCAAGGUGGCAUUGAAAUGAGUAGGAAUGAUUUACUCUCUGGUCAUUGGAAACCUUAUCUUGAACGGGCAAUGAGUUUGAAGCCAUGCUAUGAAGAAAGCAUCAAUGGUGGGGAGGUGGCAGCCCAGAUCUUGCAGGAGAUUGCUUUGGGAAAAUAUCAUGCUUCAGUCAAUCAUAGCGAGGCAAAAAGAUCGUGUGAUGCCGCAGUUCCAGAUGAUCAACGACGAAGAGCCAUUGGUCAAGAUGAUAUUUUGAUCCCAGAAUGGUAUGCAAAUGCUGGAAAACAACUUGAUUGCUAAUCAUCAUAUUUGUUCUUCAUGGAAAUGUUGAAGGUUUUCCAAGAUACCUCUUUGCUUUGAGAAACAAACAAUGCUGGCGAUUAAGGUUAUGCUGCUCUUCAACUAUAGGGACAUGAUCAUGUCAUAUGAAAGUAAUCACGUUUAUAAAUUUAUUUGUAAUUGAUAAAAAGUUCAAAAUAUUUCUAAAGAAAAUGAAGUGCAUGGCCUGUAAAAUAUAUAUUUCAGAUACAUCUUAAGCAUAAUAUGUAACCCCUUAUUUUCACAUUUGGGAACUCACUUUAACCUUAUUCUAAAAUUUGACGAUUCUCAACAAAAUGUUAUUCUUCUACUGU